CGGGGGCGGGGCCGCGCCUGCGCAGACCCCCUGUUAUGGCGGCCGCCUAGUUCCGGCCGAGAGGGUGGUCGGGUGGGACUCCAGGCUGGGCCCUGCGCUGGCCCUGAGAUAGGUUCAAGAGAGCCUCCUUAUUCCCAGAUAGCUGAUUCUGCGCUGGAUUCUCUUCCCUGGCCAAGUCUCUGAGACCUCCUCCCAGGGUGAUGCAGAGCUACUGACUGUCUACCAGCUUGGACCUGUCUGCACUGUUUCCUCUGGGACCUGCCAUACUGAGAGCCUGCUCUCGCCUCGGAGGGGCUCCUGUCCCAGGACUAAGGUGGAGCCUGGGCCAUGGUGCAGCUGGCUCCUGCUGCAGCCAUGGACGAAGUCACCUUUAGAAGUGAUACUGUGCUGUCAGACGUCCACCUCUACACCCCAAAUCAUAGACACCUCAUGGUGCGGCUGAACAGCGUGGGGCAGCCAGUUUUCCUCUCCCAAUUCAAGCUUCUCUGGAGCCAAGACUCUUGGACAGACUCAGGGGCCAAGGGUGGCGAUCACAGAGAUAUUCACACAAAGGAGCCUCCUUCUGCUGAAACGAGUGGCACAGGGUCCCCGCCAGGAAGUGGCCACGGUAACGAGGGUUUCUCCCUCCAGGCCGGGGCUGACACCACUGGCCAGGAAGUGGCUGAAGCUCAACUGGACGAGGAUGGGGAUUUGGACGUGGUGAGGAGACCACGAGCUGCCUCUGAUUCCAGCCCAGCAGGGCCUCUGAGAGACAAGGUACAUCCCAUGAUUCUAGCGCAGGAAGAAGACGACGACAUCGUGGGAGAGGAAGCACAAGGCAGCCCCCACGAUAUCAUCAGAAUAGAGCACACCAUGGCCACGCCCCUGGAGGAUGUUGGCAAGCAGGUGUGGCGGGGCGCCCUUCUCCUGGCGGACUACAUCCUGUUCCGACAGGACCUCUUCCGAGGAUGCACGGCGCUGGAGCUCGGGGCAGGCACCGGGUUUGCUAGCAUCAUCGCAGCCACUAUGGCACGGACCGUUUAUUGUACAGAUGUCGGUGCAGAUCUCUUGGCCAUGUGCCAGCGAAACAUUGCCCUCAACAGCCACCUGGCUGCCGCUGGAGGUGGUGUAGUUAAGGUCAAAGAACUGGACUGGCUGAAGGACGACCUCUGCACAGAUCCUGAGGUCCCCUUCAGUUGGUCACAAGAGGAAAUUUCUGACUUGUACGAUCACACCACCAUCCUCUUGGCAGCCGAAGUGUUUUACGACGACGACUUGACUGAUGCUGUGUUUAAAACACUCUCCCGACUUGCCCAUAGAUUGAAAAAUGCCUGCACAGCCAUCCUGUCGGUGGAGAAGAGGCUCAACUUCACACUGAGACACUUGGACGUCACGUGUGAAGCGUACGAUCACUUCCGCUCCUGCCUGCGUGCACUGGAGCAGCUCAGGGAUGGCAACCUGCACUUCGUGGUGGAGCCCGUAGAGGCCUCCUUCCCGCAGCUCCUGGUUUACGAGCGCAUCCGGCAGCUGGAGCUCUGGAAGAUUGUUGCAGAACCAGUAACAUGACCCAUUGCCUCCACAAGGCACGGCAUCUUGACUGUUCUUAUAGUAGAUUUCUAUUAAAAUCAGAAGCUCACCAAAGCAA